GGUUGUUAAUGGAUGGUUUGGAAUGUUUCGAUGAAUAUUCGGACAAUGCGCACGAAAAAUGUGACAAUUUUUUCGGCUGCUAUCUUCUCGUUUCGAUGAACUCAAAAGUUCGUGGCAAUACUUACAUAGGUUUCACGGUGAAUCCAAAUAGACGUAUUCGGCAGCAUAACGCUGGCCGUUUGAAGGGCGGUGCGAAGUCGACAGCAGGCCGCGGUCCAUGGUAUGCACCUCCUAUUGACCUCGGCUGUUCAUUGUGCUUCUCAGGGAGAUGGUGCUGAUUAUACAUGGUUUUCCUAACGAGAUUUCCGCUUUGCGAUUUGAGUGGGCAUGGCAAAAUCCGAACCUUUCGCGACGCUUGGCCCAGGUCGUUCCCGGUCGAUCACAUAGAGAAACGCCAUUCGAUUAUCGGUUUCGCGUUCUAUCCUACAUGCUCCGAAUGGGCCCGUGGAACCGUCUGGGCCUUGUUGUACGUUGGUUGAACCAACAGUUUUUUCGGGAGUUCGAUUUCGGCUUAGAACCUCCUCUACACAUUCCUGUCGUUUUCGGGCCUUUCCUGCCCACUGUGAGCGAGCAACCAUGCACCAUUCCCCCUAGUUCCUCCAAAUGUGGUUUGUGCGGCCUCGACUUUUUUUGUUCCGAUGAGACCGUGCGUUCCAUGCCCGUUGUUUGUCCGUCCCGGUGUUCCAACGGUCAGUGGCACAUGUUGUGCAUAGCACGUCAUCUGCUAUCUUCUCAGUUAUCUCCCAGCACUUCCACAGAUGUUAAACAAGACGAUUAUCUAAUCCCGGUUCGAGGUCCCUGUCCCUCGUGCAUUUCAGUUGAACUAUUUUGGCCGACUUUGAUCGAACAAUGGAAACGAAACACUGCAAAGAAAUAACCUAUUUUUGCAUUUUCCAUGUGUCCUUCCUUACUUAUUUUGUGAAUACUGCAAAUCGAUCGCUCAUUUUCCC